CGGAACCCAAAAAAAAGAAAGCUUUUAAGGAAAAGAAUGAAACUCUGCAGGAUCUCAAGACCCAGAGAUUAAUUACUAAGAAAAAGAUGAUAUCUUCCAUGUCGGCGCCGCCUUCUUCUUCCUCUUGGUUUCUGGCGGCAUCAUCGGUGGUGAUUCGGGUGGAGAAGGCCACGAGUGAGUUCUUGAUGGGCCCUGAUUGGACCAUGAACAUUGGUAUCUGCGACAUCAUCAACUCCAAUCAUUGGGUGGCGAAAGAAGUUCUUAGAGCACUGAAGAAAAGGUUACUGAACAAAAAUCCCAAAGUGCAACUACUUUCUUUAACGCUUCUGGAGACAAUGGUGAAGAACUGCGUUCACGUUAUUCACGUCCAAAUCGCUGAAAGAAGCAUACUGCCGGAGAUGGUCAAAAUUGUAAAGAAGACGAUGGACACGCGGGUCAGAGAUAAGAUCCUAGUACUGAUAGACUCUUGGCAAGAGGCGUUUGGUGGCCCGGGAGGGAAGUAUCCCCAGUAUUAUUGGGCAUAUCGAGAACUCAAGAAUGCUGGCGUGGGAUUUCCUCCACGUGCAUGUAAUUCAGCCCCAAUUUUUACUCCACCGGUGUCUCAUCCUACACGAAAACAUCUCCAACUAGGAUACGAAACGCCUAGUGAGUCUUCUUCAUUGGCAGCUCAGACCGAAAAUUUGAGUUUUCCAACCAUAAGUUCAAUGAGGAGUGUCCUAAACCUCUUGGCUGAAAUGCUGCAAGCUGUGAGUCCUGGGGACGGUGCUGCGACGGCUGUAAAAGAUGAUGUUGUAGUUGAUCUUGUAGAGCGCUGCCGUGCAAAUCACAAGAAACUGAUGCAUAUGUUAACCACAACUGGGGACGAAGAUAUUCUAGCUCAAGGUCUUGAAUUGAAUGAUGCUUUACAAAGGGUGCUUGCAAAGCAUGACGCCAUAGCUUCGGGAACCUUCUUCCCCAAUCCAGCCGUCACAGAAAUCAAACACGAAUCAACUGAGGCACAAAGUAAUAGUAAGGACGGGGCUGGUCUUCCUAAUCUGGAACCAGAUAGUGAGGUGGCCCCCCUUGUACCCGUUCCUUCUCUUUUAGGCGAAGAAGAUGAAGAUGAAGAAGAUGACUUUGCACGGCUCGCUCAAAGGCAUACUAAAACGGGGGGCAACGGAGGAGGAGAUUCCUCGGACGAUCCUCCGAACACGAACAAUGCAUUGGUUGUUGUGGACCCCCCUCCCGCGCGCACAAAAGAACAAGACAUGAUCGACCUGUUAAGCAUCACCCUGACAUCAACCGACCUCCCGCCCGUGUCUCAAACACAAGACAUCAUAAACGAGACCCCGGGAUCUCAAAACAGCUACGUAGCCACCUGGGCUGCACAACCUCAACCACAACCUCAGUUUUACUAUGAAGUGUUACAGCCGCCGCCGCAGCCGACGGCAUAUCCACAGUACUAUGGGUAUGCCACGCCGCAGUAUGCAGCAACGCCGGGAUAUUUUGCGGCUGCGGCGUCUUCAUCAAAUGCAAUCCCGGCUUGGGGAAACAGCAUCUCGGGUACGAACAAUUAUGGGAUGUCGCAAGUCGGGGGUGGUGGCUCGACCUAUGCCGGACAAACGCCUUUUGUUCCGUCGUAUAGGCUGUUUGAAGAUCUGAAUGUUCUGGGCCAUGGGCAUCAAACGUUUCAGGGGACGACAGGAGGGAACUCGGCUUCUUGUAGUUUGUAUGGGGUGAACAACCAAAGCAUCAUUGGCGGACGCAAAUGAAACCAUUCAACCCAGAGACCUUAUACACACACGCACACACAUUUUGUUUUUGGUUUUUUUUUUGUUUUUUUGCAGUGGAGAAAUUUUAUUUUAUUUUUUGAACAUCAGUGGAGAACUAAUUAGUACAAGUAAUGAAAGACUAUUUAGAAAAUAGAUCUCAACUAUAGAUGACCAUGUAGAUAUUUAAAACUUAUUGAGGACUGAUUUGGAAAAAACAUCUUAAUAGAGAGUACCAUUUUGGAAAUUACUUUUUGGAAAUAUAACAACUGAUACCGU